GCGAGGCGCGGGAAGCUGAGCGCUCAUAAAUAUUGUUGUUUCGGGUUACCACGGGACGCACGGAGCGUCUCCAUGGUUGCAGCGAUGAUCUGCGUCCGAAUCUGCCGCCGCGGCGGGUCCAGGGCCCGGGGAACCUCGCUGGGCGGCGGCACUCGCGGCGCCGGCCGGCUCUGCGCCGGCUCACCUGGCUUCCCAGGCUACGCUAUCUCCCCCAGCCCCGGCCUCCGUCCCAGCCGCGGCCCCGCGAGCGUCUUUGUUUCUGGAUCUGAUCCUGCCGGCUUCCCACACUCCAGCCUCACGCCAAGGGGUCUGCCUCGCCCCCUGAGCCCCCACCGCAGCUCUGAUGCACCCACCCACCGCCCCCCAGCCUUCACCCCAAGCGGCUGGUUGCCUGCUGAUCGCGCCGGGUGUUCCCUGGUUACCACCCCAGGCCGCUCCCGGGAGGCCGCAACAGUUCCCAGGCGCGGCUUAGCUCCGUGGACCACACGGGGACGCGCGCUCCCGAGAGCACGCACGCCAAGAGGGGUCAAAUUCAAAUGCUGCCAACCCAGGCCGCCAGGAAGAGCACCGAGGAUGCUCCGCGCGCCGCGGCUUCCCUCCUCCACCGAGGAUCAGGCCACCGCCGAAAUGGGACUGGAGCUGUUUCAGCCGACACCAGCGCAUCAGGCUUGA